UCGUGCCCUACAACGUUCGCAGUUCCCCUUGACUUAAACAUUUUCGCUCCCUGCGAUUUGGAAUCACACUUAACAUGCCUGAACAACCACUGAAGUAUACUUCGCAGGGUACAUCAGGCCGAUUGGAACGCACCUUCAGCCUAUGACAACAGUUACCCAUAAUGCGAUGCGCCAUGACGUGUACUCUUGGUGGUGUAUGUUUCUUUUCGCGUCUCCCGUGUACUUAUAUAUAAUAGAUAUUUUAGCUGUCUCUGUGAUUAUAAACAUGGUAUCAUGCAUUUUUAUUACCUUGGCGUUGUUUGUCUUCGGAAACUCGGUUGGAGAAUGUACACUUAGAUUUGUCACAUUGUUAUAUCGUCAUGGAGACCGUUCUCCAAUCAAAGCCUAUCCAACAGACCCUUACCAGGAGAGUGUAUGGCCACAGGGGUUUGGACAGCUUUCUCUGGAAGGUAUGCAGCAGCACUUUAACCUGGGCCAGUUUCUGAGGACACGCUACACAGGAUUCCUGAGUGAGGACUAUUCUCGUUUUGAGAUUGCAGUACGGAGCACAGAUUAUGAUCGCACUCUUAUGAGUGCUGCCUCAAAUCUUGCUGGUCUUUAUCCACCCAAUGGCUCAAAGGUGUUUCAUCCUGGUUUGGAUUGGCAGCCUAUACCAAUACACACAGUCCCCCAGGAUGAGGAGAAGCUACUGUCAUUUCCUAUGGCAAACUGCCCACGCUACCAAUUACUCAUGAAUGAGACAGAAAGAACAGAUAUCUUCAUCAAUAUGACCAAAAUGUAUAAAGAUUUCCUGGAAAUGGUGCGGAAUAAAACUGGGCUGAACUCAACUUCGCUUGAGACAGUGUGGAGCGUCUAUGACACACUUUUCUGUGAGAAAAUUCAUGGCCUAUCUUUACCAGCCUGGGUGACUCCAGAUGUGAUGAAGACAUUGAAAGUGCUGAAGAACUUUGGCUUUCAGAUCAUGUUUGGCGUCUAUAAAAGGGAGGAGAAAUGUCGGCUACAGGGAGGUGUCUUGCUGGAUCAGAUUAUUAAAAACCUAUCAGCUGCCGCUACAUUAAACUUAGAUCAGCAGCUGAAAAUGAUCAUGUACUCUGCGCAUGACACAACUAUUGUAGCACUUCAGGAGGCACUUAAUGUGUAUAAUGGAUUACAGCCACGAUAUGCUUCCUGCCACAUAUUUGAACUACACCAGGAUUCCAAUGGAUCAUUCUCUGUGGAAAUGUUUUAUCGGAAUGAUAGCUCUAUGGCUGAUCCGUACAUUUUAAAUUUACCUGGCUGUACCCAGCGAUGCCCGCUAAAGGACUUCAUUAGACUUACACGUUCAGUGAUUCCAACAGAUUGGCACAAGGAGUGCCAGAUCAGCUCAUCUGCAAGUGAUAAAGAUGUGAUUGUUGGGCUGGUUGUCUGUGGCUUCGUUCUUCUGUUCCUCAUUGUAGUAUUGUUUGUUGUGUUGUGCCGGCAAAAUGAACCGGUUACUGGUUACAGCCACAUUGUCAACCAGAGUGAUCAGUCUUGACAGUCAUACCAGCUCUUGUGCAAGGCACAGUCAUCAGAUAGUAAGGGUCUGUAAAAACCAGUCACAUACAGAUUACACUCCUAUUAAAGUAGCAGGUACUUUUUAACUAUCCAUUCAGCUGGGCUAUCUUCGAUCCUUCUUGUCCUGGCAUUUUAUUUAGAUGUGAAAAUUGUGGUUAUUUUAUAUUACAGUUUUUAGAAGUAAGCAUUAGUUUUUUUUCCCUUAUUUUCCUGAUUUUCACCUUGACUUUCUCUGUAAUUCAAUGUUGACCAGUUUCUACCCUCCAACUAGCUCUCCCCUGACACAUGGAAGGAGGGGGUGCAUUCCAAGGUGCAGGAAGCCAGCUCUGUACCUCUUUUCAGGUAACUGCUGCUCCUGCAAGGUCAGCAAAUGGUGAAGGAAAGCAUUGUCCUCCCACAAGCUCAAACAUGUCCAAGAUCAGCUAGUUUGCUGAGACUGAUGGUGGCGAGAGAUUGGUUCCUGAGAGGUUAGGCACCCCUUAGUUCCCGAGACCAUAACCAACUCCUAACUCCCAAUACCCAGCCAUGGAUGGCUGUGGCAUUGUUUGAACUGAUGAUAGAGAGCAUUCUUUACGGCUGUCCUCUGUUUACACAUAAAGUGCAAUUUUUUUUAG